UUGCUAUCAGGCACUUUUUUGGAAACCCGACUCGACUUCCGUCAAGCUGUUUAAGGACCCCAGGAUGUCCAUGCUUGCUGAACCCAAGAGGAAACAAAAGUGGUCUGUGGACCCCAGGAACAGCGCCUGGAGCAAGGAUGACUCCAAGUUUGGCCAAAAGAUGCUGGAGCGUAUGGGGUGGUCAAAGGGCAAGGGCCUUGGAAGAAGUGAGCAAGGCUCCACUGACCACAUCAAAGUGAAAGUUAAAAACAACAACUAUGGUCUUGGAACUAGUGCCAGCUAUGAGGAUAACUGGAUUGCCCACCAAGAUGAUUUCAAUGAGCUCCUCGCUCAGCUGAACAACUGCCAUGGUCAAAACAACACCACUGUUAAAGAGCCGCCAUCAGAGGAGCAGAAAGGAUUCAGCCUGGAAGCAAAGUCCAAAACAUCCAAAAAGAGGGUCCAUUACAUGAAGUUCACUAAAGGAAAGGAUCUGUCCUCCCGUACAGAAACAGACCUUAACUGUAUCUUUGGGAAGAGAGGAAGAGCUGCCAAAGAACAAGAGCAGGAGAACAGCAGUGAUUCUCAGAGCGAGACAGAGAAGACAGUCACUCUUGCGCCUUCUGAACUGGAUACGGAGUCCAUCACCAAGACCUUGACCAGCACCCUCACCAUGCAGGAGUACUUUGCUCAGCGAAUGGCUCAGCUGAAAAAGGCUCGAGGACAGGCCCAGAAUACCGAACCUUCAGAAACUGAAGAGGCUAACGAAACGUCAAGUCCUUCUGAUGAACCAGAUCCCAUCCUGGCCAGCAAUGAUGACUCAGAAGAGCCCAAAAAGAAAAAGAAGAAGAAGAAGAAGAGCAAAAAGUCAUCGGAUGAGUUGGAGGUGGAGGUAGAAAACGUUUUACCUCCCAUCGUUAUAGAAGACGAUGAGGACCAGGAGCAGGAGCAUCCAGUGAAAAGGAAGAAGAGCAAAAAGUCAUCAGAUGAGUUGGAGGUGGAGGUAGAAAACGUUUUACCUCCCAUCGUUAUAGAAGACGAUGAGGACCAGGAGCAGGAGCAUCCAGUGAAAAGGAAGAAGAAGAGCAAGAAGUCAUCAGAUGAGCUGGAGGUAGAAAACGUUUUACCUCCCAUCGUUAUAGAGGACGAUGAGGACCAAGAGCAGGAGCAUCCAGUGAAAAGGAAGAAGAGGAAAUUGGUAGAAAGCGAAGAAGCUACAAAUGAGACCUGUAGCGCCCCCUCUCUUGUAGAACAGAACUGUGAGGAGCUGCCUCUGUCCAAGAAGAAGAAAAAGCAUCAAAAACACAGUAAAGAUAGUGAGCUAACAAACAGACACGCACAAACUGAGGAGGAACCUGUAGAGUCUGUCACUGUUCACAAAAAGAAGAAGAAACACAGAGAGGACGUGGACAGUGUAGUAAUAGAAAACAACGAGGAGCUUGUAGAGAAGAAAUCCAAAAAGGACAAGAAAAAGAAACAUCAAGAAUAGGAGGAUAAUAAUAAGUCGGCAGUUUCACCAGUCCUUCAGGCUUCAGACAAAUAACUCAUCUUCAUGGAGUUAUUGGCUUUAAUAUCAAAAUAAAAGGUCUCAUGUAUAUAAUAGUUAAUUCAUGUGCUACAGUGAGGAGAAAAGGGAGGUCAGACAUUUGAUUACAUAAAAACUUGAAUCUAUCCUGUGAAGUUGUUGUUUUUGUAGUAUGGCGAGAAAGGAUGUAGUCUUCAUGUUAACAUGGUGAACAAAGGUUUUGAUGAUAAGUCCUUGAUUGGUUGAUUUGGGCAUGGGGAGUGAAUGGUUAGAGUAAAAUAGAUUAUUUGAUUUAUGUUCAGUACAACCACAAGUAAUUGUGUCCUCUUGGAUGCAACACUGUUGCACUGUAUUAUAAAAUACCUGGACCUAAAGAGUUUGACAUUUCCUGUAUUUCCUGUAUUACUCAGAGUUAUACGAGAAGAUCAAUCCUACUCAGAUGUCUGAACCAUUUAUAUGAAGUUCAGACAUAGUACAUAACUUUCCACGGGAAAGGAAAAAAUUUUUUUUUAUAACUGUUUAAUGUUCAGAUAAAAAAACAAAACCUAAUGUAAUAAUCAGAGCUAAGUCUGAAGUCUUCCAGUAUCCAGUUUACAUGCUAAGCUAAAUGUACCAGCUGCUGGUUGCUGGCUUCAUACUCUGCAUACAUACGAGAGGUAUUGAUCGCACAUUCAACUCAAGGCCAGACUCUAACCUGUUAGAUACUUUCCCUCUUUGUGACUCCAAAAUGUCUAAAAUGUAUUAAAGAGUUUAUCUUCUAUCCAUCAAGUUUUCAGCUGGCUGAAUGAGAGCCGGCAUGUGUCUGUCAUAUGACUUCAUUGCUCAAUUGGCACAAAUUGCUAAAUUCUUAAAUACUAAAAAACAAUCAAGUAAAUCUUUUUUAUGUAUUGCAGUUUCUUUCCAAAUAUGUUUCCCCAUCACAAUCAUCAUGCAUCAGCAUUCUGUUUAUUUAAACCAGAUAUUUUACUCUUAUUAAUGCAUCAAAGUAACUCCAUGCCAAUUUUGAUUGGCUGAAAAAAGACGCUCAGAAAUGUGUCUUCUCUUCCAUGAUGUGUGUCUCGACAAAGCUGAACAGAAGCAAUUUGAUGGUGGGCAUAUAAUCUGAAAUAAGACGACACCUGUAUGAGCUGUAGGAUAACAAAUGUUGACAAUUUAACGGAUGCAAAAACUAUUUUUAAAUAAAUCAGACAGUGUUGCAGGAA